AUGGAUGGUCAAAUUCGAAGAGGAACCCGCAAAGAAAAAGAAACAGGCUUUCUCAAUACUCAUCAGGAGGUUUUCUCGAAAACGGAGAACACUUUGCCGAAGCAGAAAGGAGAUCCCAGACCCUGUUUAGCGUGCGAUAGGAAGGGCCACAGGGUCCGCGACUGCGAGAGAUUCAAGAAAUCUUCGUUGGACGAUCGUCUGAAAGUAGUGCAGGAGAAACAACUGUGUCGACGAUGCUUGGCACCACACGGCAAGUGGCCGUGUCGAACGAGACAACCCUGUGGUGUGGGCGGUUGUCAGGAAAUGCACCAUAUGUUGCUCCAUUGUAAGCCAUCGCCAUCCACCUCGUAUGGUGCAUCCGGAAUUGUAACAACACAUCGACACAAACAAAAUUCCACGCUUUUCAAAAUCAUACCGGUUAUGCUACAUGGGAACGGCAAGUCUUUAUUGGUCCACGCAUUUCUCGAUGAUGGGUCCGACUUGACUCUCAUCGAAAGCAAAGUCGCCGAUGAACUGGGCCUAGACGGAGUAGAAAGACCUCUAUGCAUAGAGUGGACAGGUAGCGUAUCACGGAAUGAAGAUUCUUCUCGUGUCGUGCAGCUGACGAUAUCCAAGCCGAAAAGUGAAGAAAGACAUGCCCUGACGAAUGUGCGCACCGUUCCAGAUUUGGGAUUACCGAAGCAGUCGUUGAACUACGACCAAUUGGCAAAAGAUUUCCCCCAUCUUCGUGGUUUACCGAUUUGCAGCUAUACCGAUGUUACUCCCAAAAUAUUGAUUGGAGUCGACCAUGCAAGACUGAAGUUAACGCUGAAAAGAAGAGAGAGAAGUGCUGGUGAACCCGUGGCAACCAAGACGAGAUUAGGCUGGGUUAUUUUCGGUGGACAGAGUGCUACGAAUAAUCUCGCCCGAACCAUGGUCCACACCUGCAAGUGCAGCAAAGACGACGAAUUACACGUUCUUGCCAGAGGAAACCUAGCAGCCGCACCUAGUAUGGGCAUUGCCGAACAUGCUCCGCCAGAAACCAGCGAAGAUCAACGUGCCCGAAGAGUCUUGCAAGAAACUACAAAGCGCAUUCCGUCCGGGAAAUACGAAACUGAAAAAUGUUCCGCUCAAUAUACGAAGAGUCUGAACGCUUCCGAACAUCGUGUCCGUUAUCCAGAAGCAGCAGCCGCCAUCGUAGAAGGCACGUAUGUCGACGACUUUCUCGAUAGCAGAGAUUCAGCGAGAGAAGCUGUCGAAAUUGCGCAAGGAGUGGUCACAAUAAACGGUGCAGCUGGCUUCCAAAUCCCGACGUGGCAAUCGAAUUCCAUCGAGGUUCUUCGAGAGAUCAGCAACGAAAGCGAAAACUCCACGAAACGUUUUUCUGUGGAUGGAGUGACUGCAACGGAGCGAGUUCUUGGGAUGGUUUGGCGGCCAAGCCCAGACGUCUUCGUAUUUGAAAAUGUAUUUCGUGAUGAUCUUCAGACACUGCUAACCGGACACAUCAUUCCCACCAAACGUCAAGUUCUUCAGGUGGUAAUGAGCCUUUUCGACCCCCUGGGAAUAAUCGCAGCCUUCACCAUCCACGGAAAAAUCCUCAUGCAGGAUAUAUGGAGGUCAGGUGUGAAUUGGGACGAGUCUAUCCGGUUGACGGAUUUCGAAAACUGGAAGCGCUGGAUAGGAGUGCUUCCCGAUUUAGCGAAGGUGACGAUUCCAAGAUGUUAUUUCCCGAACUACGAUCCUAUUAGCUAUGAUUCUCUGCAACUGCACAUCUUCACAGAUGCAAGCGAGACAGCUUACGCUAGCGUAGCAUUUUUUAGAAUAGUCGAUCGAGGAUCACCGAGAUGCUGUCUAGUAACUUCGAAGGCGAAAGUUACCUCACUUCGACCACAGUCGGUUCCUCGGAACGAGUUGAAUGGUGCAGUCAUUGGAGCGCGACUAAUGGAGUCCAUUGUCGACAGUCACCAGUUGAAGAUAUGCAAGCGAUAUUUUUGGACAGAUUCAUCCGUAGUGAUUUCGUGGCUUCAUGCCGACCCACGAAAGUACCGGCAGUAUGUAGGAUUCAGAGUCGGUGAAAUCUUAUCGAAAACUCAAGUCAACGAGUGGCGCUGGAUAGCGUCAAAACUGAACGUUGCGGAUGCUGCGACAAAGUGGGAAUCCGAAUGGCCGUCACCAUAUUUGUUUCAUUUUUACCAUCGCUGUCGAACCAAAAAUAGAACUGAGAGUACCAUAACAUUAGUGCCGCUGGACUCUCCGGAUGAUCCUGUACUUACUCCUAAUUGUUUCCUGCUUAUGACAUCGAGUGGUUCCUGUGCACCGAAGGUGGAAAUUGGUUCGACGAGUAACCUGAAAGCUAAUUGGAGAACGAUGGAAGAAAUUUUAAAUCAAUUUUGGAAACGCUGGAUCGAGGGCUAUCUACCAACAAUAGCAAGGCGGACCAAAUGGUACCAUGAUGUUCGACCGUUGCAGGAAGGAGACCUUGUUGUAAUCGUGGACGAGACCGUGAGGAACGGAUGGUUACGAGGGCGUGUAAGCCGUUCUUAUCCAGGAUCUGAUGGGCAAGUUAGGAGAGUAGACGUAGAAACUAGCUCAGGUAUAUUACAGCGAGGAGUUGCCAAGGUAGCACUGUUAGAUCUAGAUGUGACAGGUAAAACCUACUAGCGUAAGGUGUUACGGGCGGGGGUGUUGCGUGGGAUUAUAGCCCACAGAUUGGGUUUCCAGUUUGAGCGUGUAGGAAAAAAGCGGUAAACGUCAGAUGAAAAAUAACGGAUUUUAUUGUAUUUCUGGAUCUCGUCGCAACGUGUUUUGCAAACGUUUACUAAGUUCCAAGUGCUUUAGCUUUUCGCGAAUUUGUAGUGGAUAAUAUUAGGUUUCUGAUAUCUCCAACGAUUUGUCGCUCGAGGUUGACGAAGAGCGUUCUCGUUGAACAUUCCGGUUUCUAGGGCCAAUUACACUGUGAUUCAGCUCAAGUUGCCCCGUUUCCAUACGCUAGGCAAUCUGUAUCCGGAACGCCGGAACGUAGCACUCGAGUACAGACGAGUUAAGAAAGGGAACUAUUUGUAAGUAACCGAAUUUGUUUUUGUUAUACCUCAAUUUUAAAUAAAAAUGCCUUUGCAGUUGAGUCCUGUCGAGGACAGUUUCCCGUCAUUACGGCA